AUGUUGCUGCCUUCGACCACCACAUCGUUACCUCCACUGCUUCCACCACCGCCAACUUUCACCAUUGCCACUAUCUUCCACCAUUACCACAUUCGACCACCGCAACUUCCAUUGCCUUCCACCACCGUCAUUGCCGCCACCACCAUCACCAUUACCGCCAUCACUACCGUCAUUGUCACCAUCACCACCACCACAUACACCACUGUCACCUUCCACAACCACCACCAUAUUGCCGCCGCCUCCACUACCUUUUACCUUCACUGCCUUCCACCACCAUCGUUGUCACCACUUUCCGCCACCAGCGUCACCUCCACUACCUUCCACACCACCACCAUUGUCACCUCCAUUGUCUUCCACACCACCACCAUCGUCACCUCUAUUGCCUUCCACCACCACUUACACCACUGCCGCAUUCCACAACCACCACACCACUGCCACUGUCACUGCACUGCAUUCCACCAUCAUCGCCUACCCCACUGA